CUUCUGUAGGCCAGAAUGUUUUCAAGUUUCGUCACAUACUCUUAUAGUUUUAGAAUCAAUUGUUUGACCUGUGAAGUUUAACUACAUAUCAAGGUGAUGUGGCGCUGUAAACAAUCUUUGAGUUCUCAGUUUUAGAGUUUCUCAAAGUAGUGUAGGUCUGAUAUUGGUAGACAUUCCUAUACUUGUAAAUUAUUGUUUGGUAAAUCACAAGAUCCAUCACAACUCAUUUUUGGAUUAUUUUCUGAAAUAACAUGACUUGGUAUGUUUACUUAUUUAUCCAAAAUUUUUCGAUUAAAAACAAGUCCUCGUGUCUAAGUUGGUUGACAAUAUCUUUACAACACGUAGUUUCUUCUGUUGUUCACACCAUACUCAUUAUAGUUUAGUGAACAUGUAGUGAGGCCUUUGAAUGUCAUCGGUUGUUGUAAUGGCGCUUGUGUAUUCUAAAAAUCAUGAAAUAGUCAUUUGGCUAAGUGUUGAUUCAGCAAUACGUAAACUAAACACAAUAACGUCACAUGAGGAUUUUCCAUACUAUAUGUAUAUACAUUUAUUACUCGAUCUAUCAAAUGUACAUCCUACAUUUGUCAAACUAGAUAUUCUUGAUUUAGCUGACAAAUCUCCUGAAUUUUUUGUCGUGCACCUGAUAUUUGCUUAUCUAUAGUUGUGACAGUAUAUUCAACUAUUAGUCAAGUUCAUCGCUUCUGAAAUAAAACCUAUUUCAUAUAAGUUAGAUAAAAUUGCCGCACAGCGACUACGUGACCGAGUAAAUACCAAAAUAUCGGGUUUAUGUGGUACUGGUAAAGAAUAAAACUACCUAUUAUUUUAUAUCGCUACCUGUUGAACCUCGCUUUUGGUCGUCUUCACAAACUCAGUGAGCAAUGCGUCCAAAACGUUUGAUGUUCUGUUUAAUUGUGCGUUAAUGGAGAGUGUAAGUAGUUGUCAUUCAUGACUAGUGACUUUCAUAUUCACAGACAGCUGAGUCCAAAAGUUCUAUUAAGUUCCAACGAAAUCAGCGAGGUGCUAUUCGGCAAUGUUUGUCAUUGAAAUGUAAUUCAAAGAAGUGCAUAAACUUAGUGAAAGUGGUUUACUCGAACAUUUAACUCAUUUGGAGCUUUUUGCAAGCUGUUAUGUUUGUGGACUUCAAGUGGUGUUCGUCAAAGUUGUACACUACCCCUAUGUUUAUUUAACUUCAUCGUAGACGUAAUUUGAGAGACAACAGUUUCUUUGUCUAACUUUUUAGGGGUUAUUCUCUCACUGCAUAAUUCACCUUUAGGCUUGAAAUACAGAAAAAAAUAGUUCUAUUUGGUAAGGACGCGGACAGAAUGUGGUUCCCCUGAAAUCUUGAGUAGGAACAUAAGCAAAUUUUUUGGACCCUCUUCUGUCUUACAUACAGAAUGUUGCUUCGGGAUUGGCCUGUGCCAUCGCCUAGAGUGAUCGUAGGUAAUGAAAUGGUUGAAUUCAUUGAACAUUGCACUUGGAUUAGAAGACUCAUCAGCUCUAGUCGGUUGGCGUGUAGUCAGAUUUUGGUUUUUUUCAAAAUUGUAUGGAUUACGGAGUAGGUGAUAUUUUUAUCUGCUUAUCAAGGUGCAACUAAUACUGUAUGGCAGUAUGUUUUAUUUUAUGGAUAAGAAAUUGGAAUGAUAAAAGUAAAAGGCAUGCUUAGACUGUAUGUUUCUAAUAGACGUCUUCUGCACAUUUCUUGCUAAUACUGGAAGUACCGAUUUAAAAAUGUAAGUUUGAGAUGCAUGGUACUAAGCGAUCCCGCUAAAUCGAAUAAGGCUGUAAAUUCUCAUCGACUAAUAUAGUAGGGACAUGUGCUAAGUGAGAACGACGAAUCAGUAGUUAAGGCAUUCAGGUUUCAACCACUACGUCGCAGAUUAGAACCCCACUCCUUCAGUUUAAACAACCAAGUAAUAUCCCUAGCCCUUUCACUUAAAUGUUCUGUUUAUUCAAACGUCAACAUUGGUACAAAAAGGUACCAACUAGAUAUGCUCCACAUAAAUCAUUCCCUAUGUGCGAGAGCUGGGAUACUGUCCGGGUGCCCAACCCGAAGCAGGUGGUUUUCUCAGGGGGUCACACCCGGAGUCUUUGACCUAAAGGUCUAAUCCACAAGGCAGUGGAGCAACGUCGGGAGAUACGGUCCUGUGGUAGCCGAUGACCGGCAACAGGUUUAUAAGCCUUUUGUUCCCUUAGGAUCCUGGAGCCCAUGUGCACCAUUGUUUUGGAAUCAGGGUUUUCCAACUCACCUAGGUGGAUCCUCCAUAUCCACUGAGCCGGUUAAAACACCAGACAUUCUCUUUUCGUCUUCAAAAUUUCAUAAACAACAGUAAUUUCGCGAGAAGGCGGUGAGUAGGACUUCCUGACAGUGGUUGUAUGCACCUGGCUAUGUGAUGCAUUUCGAAAGGGAGAGCUGACUUUCCCCACUCUCGGCCGUACCAGGGCAUUUUGGGGUAGAUUAUCGUUCGAGGACAAGGGCUGAACUUUGUACUUCGUAUAUGACUUGACUAAAAACGAGUUUGCGUAUGUCCAGCUACUCGGUGCCUUGACAUGAAAUCUUGGCUAGUAUAAGAAUAAGUUGAUAGAGAAGUAUGGGCGGAAUAAUCAAGGUGUAGCAUCAUUUUGUGGAGUUAUCGACUGCUGGAUCAAGGUCUGUAUGUUGGUCCAGACUACCUCGUUAGGGCCCUCUUGAUUAUCUCAACUGUUAGUUGGAGACGUUUGGUGAUUUGACUCGAAAUCCUUUACUGGCGUAAAUGCGAUCAAACCAUAUCUUCUAGAGCUAGCCCCAGUAUUUCUUCAUACACAAACCUCUUCAUUUUGUCUUGUUAAACCCUAUCCUGUAUUCAGUCUCUCUCACUGUCAUUGGUGCCAUAAUUAUUUUGGCUGGGUUUGUAUUCGUUAUAUUGAUUCCAUAUUAUCCUGCUCAGUGGUGUGGCGACUCGGGUUAACGCGUAAUUGCGUUAGUCUCUCUGUCGAUUAUAACUGACUGGUUACCAAAAAUGUAAUGUUUUUGAAGGAAGAAUAGCUUUUCAUUUUAUGAUGUUUAGUUUUGGAAAAUAGAUUACAACUUUGAUAAAAACUCAAAUAUACAAGGAAAUUUCAAGACACCUACUAUUUAAACAAGUUAAAGAGAAACAUUUUUAUGUUGUGUAGUCCAAAGUAAAAACAUACAUAGGUUAGCUAAAACAACAAUGUUCUGUCGUCGUUUUCCUUUGAAACCCAUACAAUACAUUCCGUGUUUAAAUCACUUGAAUCUACUUAGCAAACCAGAACAAUCAGAUGUGAAAGAUGAAUGGAUGCCCAAUCGAUUUCUAGUACAAUUUGUUGAUUAUAUCUCUUUUGUCUCUCAUCUAUCACAUGUUCAAAUUUCUUCUGUUUUAGAUAUUAAUGAUUACAUGGACCAGACAGAUGAAUUGGUAUUGAUCAGUCAUGAAGCAAAAGAAUUUUAUGAUGAAAUUCGUGGACUAGUUGUUGUCUUUUUGCUAUUCACCAUCCUUUUCUUUAUUGCUCAUAUCACACUGCAGUAUUUUCUAACUAAAACGGAAUGUGAGCUAAAGCCAUAUCGAGGUGAACGUUUAGCUUACCAACUAGUCUUGGGUAUAUGUACAUUUACACUGACGAUAGGCCUGACUUCAUACAGCUUAUUACCGUUCACCAUCAUCACCAAUGAGAUUCUAAUUAUUUUUCCUAAAUCUUAUUAUGUACAAUGGUUAAAUGGGGAGUUAAUACAAGACUUGAUAUUGCUUAUUAAUAUCGGGUGUAAAAUAUCUUAUUUAACUAUACCAUUUUCUUAUUUUCUGUUAAAUUCUCAAGGAUUUCUAUACAAAUCACAUUCCUUGACACCACGCUUGGUUUAUUCUUUCACAAUGGUUUUAUUCUUUUACAUUUUAUGUUUUGGUACGUCAUGGUCGCUAACCAGCUUUGUAUCAGCAUUGAAUUAUUAUUUUUUAUCAGAUGUGUUACCUACUAGUGAUAGCAACUCAUUUCUUACAUCCCAGACUUAUUUUUCUGUCAGUCCUACUCAUCACCUUGACUAUUAUGAAAAUCACCCAAUUUCACUUCUCCUGGAUUACGUGAAGUCUGUUGGCUGGAUAAGAUUUCUUCAGGACGUUUUCAUUCAGGUGAUAUUUAUGUCAGCCUUAGAAUUAAUUCAAAUGACAGCCUCUUUAUUAGGACUGUUAUUAUUAUUUAUUUGUACUCCAGUGGGUCUACUGUCUAUCGUCUUAAACCUAAUCACAAUCAGUAUACAUUCUUUACCGAAUUUAAUACCAAAGCAAACAUUGCAUAAUCGUAUUGAACAAUUAAAUUUUGAAGCGUUAACCGUCAUGGAUGACAUUAAUUGUGUCCAACUUCUGUAUACUGCUGGCAAUACGAUGAAUGAGGAAGAUAAUUUUUUGGUUCAUAAAUCAAUCUGUUUUCGGAAUUAUACCGAUGUCAAGUCAAAAGAAGAGUUAUUACUCAAGUAUACAAAUGAGUUGGAUUUGUUGAACUUAGAAAUAUUACAGAUUAAACAACGUAUAAACGCACGUACGUUUUUGCGAUUUAUGCGCGAAUCUACACACUUACUUUUUUAUUUCUUCUGUUUAAUCUUGCUUUUUGUUCUGUUUCGCUUAUUGGAAUCGUUUGUAUUCUUCAAUAUCAUUGAUCUCUUAUGGAGUAUGGUUUUUGGCAGUUAUGGUAGUAAAGACAGCAGUAGUUAUUUGGUGGCUACGGAAAGCAAAGAUUAUUCAUCAUUUCCGGGUAAUUCUGCAGAUUACAGUUUUACACUUGGCUUAAAACCUGUUUCGUCACUUGGACAUAUUGGGGCUGCUUUCCAGGUAAUUUUUUCAUUUGCAUAUGCUCUUGUGUAUGUAAAUAAGCGAGAUAUAACUGGUUCCAAACAUUUUUACCGUGUCUGCUUAUCUGUAAUCAUAUGGUAUUUUAAAUGGCAAUUACAUAAACCACUCCCAUUACACUUAAUACAUAAUAGUUGAGACGUCCUAUUCUGCUAAGUUUACAAAGCUUUUCAAUAUAUUGCUGUUUGAAUGGUAUUGAUUGGGCAUCAUACACGCAAGCUUCUCACAUACAACCAAUCUUCAUCAAAUUGUGUUUGUAAUAUUAAAGAACUUGUACCUGUUCUGAUAUUUCGAUUCCAGCGAUAAAUAGCUGUGCUUGUACAUGCUUCAUAAUGAUAUUCUGAAACCCUAUUUUGGAGUAUGAAUUAGACCGGAUUCUGAAUUCAAGGAUUAGAGAUACUGGUAGGUAUGAAUAACGUCUUCCAGUCAUUUUUAUUACUUGAUUAGUAAGUCAGUUGACAUACGGGCUUCUACGGAUAUCUACACUGCAUGUGAUUUUAUGUAUUAAUAAUACAGUUCAAGCCGACCAUUAAUAAUUAUGCUCAUUUUGCUCCAUAAGCAUAGUGUUCACCGUUUUGCUGUAUAAGUAUAAAGUACACCACAGUGCUGAUGGAUUUGGUUUGAUAAAGACGUUUAAUAUAUGAAAGCGUAUUUAGGUUUUUACGCCAUCCACUACUUGUACACGUCAUGUGGCUCAAUGGUUCCAGCCGAAGUUUAAGCUCCUAUGGGAUUUGUUCCACCUAUUAGGUUUAUGAAAACGAGUUUCCUGACUUGCGCCCCCAUAAUAAUCGCGGCGAAAUUCCUGUAUAUGCAGUCAAAGGGUAGGAAUUUUUGUGUUUGCGUCUAUCGUUAAUAAACGAAAAAGUUCUCAUGGCACCAAGAACAUUAUUCAACAGUUUUUGUUAUUUUCCUUGAACACUUGCGUUUACAACAGACAUCAUACUGGAUUAUCUUUUUUCACUUUUAAUACUUGUUUUAUUAUGAUGUUUCAAAAUCUCUUUAAUAAACACAAGUAGUAAACAAUCAGGGAAUUUCACCUGUUGACCAAAAUAUCUAGUGGUUUUAGGUAUAAUAGGUUUUGUCUCCAAUGCUACUUUGCUAAAAUUGUGUAAUUAUUAUAGAAUUUAUAUUUUCAAACCUAUCGUUAAAUAUAAUAAAUAAUACUCAAGUUUUACAACAUUCUGUUUAUCGCGUUCUCAAUUGAUUGAUUAUUUCCUUUCUAGGUCUGUCUGGUGCUGUUUCUUCUUGUAUUAAGUUUGUGGGGUUUUUACUCACUCCCAUGUGCUCGUUCUCUUCGACCGAGAUAUCACGCAACGAGUUUGGAUAUUAUGUUGGCGAACAUUUUGUUAUUCCUAAUGUUAAGUGCCGCACUUCCUCUGCAAACCAAUCUGCUAGGAUUAACCACACUCACCUUACCUAGUCCACUUAAAACAGAAGCUAUCAUGUUACCCACAUAUUCAGAAUGUUCAAGUCAUGUCUGCGAAUCUUCACAAAGCCGAUUUAUUUGUGCUGAAAAUACGUCCAACUGUCCGAGUACAAAAUCGAGCAAAAAAUCUAUCAGUUGGUGGACAAAACUGAUCAGUGGCACAUACUUCGAUUCAUUCAACUGGUUUAAUUUUAUCCAUAUAAUUAAUCCAUUUAGUUCUUCCUCUCCGAAUAAUCUAGAUGAGUUAACGGUACCCCGCCCGAUCCAAUCUAAAAAACAAUCGAUUUUCCGUCAGUUUAUUUCUCGUGCUUUCGGCUAUUCAUCUGUUUCGCCUAGUUAUGGGCUAGGCCUAGUCAUAUUAACGUAUAACAUUUGCUUCCUGGUUUCUUCAAUGUGGAUUGCUGGCCGACGAUUAAGAGAUGCUACGUUGUCAAUUAGUUUAGAUGUGGUAACGACGAUUCGGUGUUUGCAUCAGUUGGACAUCACAUCUAAACCUAGUUCACACUUAGAACGUACGGAAUGGCUAAAUGAACUGCCUUGUACCAACGGUUCAGAAGAACUUGAUCGACGUAUUUACUAGUCAUAGUCUAUUCUAUCCUGUCGACAAUUCGAUUGUUAUGUGUGUUUACACAACUAGUGGAAAUAUUUGUAGUAUAUUCGUAGAUUUGUUUUCCUGCAUUUUCCUCUUUUGUCAAAGAACUAGUCGAUAUAUAUAAACUUUCAAGUCGAUAAAAUUGUAUUACUUGUUACUUCAAGUGAUCUCUUUGUUCGAGUAUAUUUUAAUUUAUGUCUUAUUUUCGUUCGAUACUUUGACAGUUAUUGGUUGCAAUUUCAUUCCUCUUUUGAAUAGCCAUUCGAUUUUCUUUAUUAUUUUUCGGUUUUUGGUUUUUCUCAAUUUCGAUAAUCUGUUGUACAAAAGAUCAUUAACUUAAUUCUAUGACUAGAAUUUUAUUUUGUACAUAAGUGAAUUGUAAAUGAAAUAAUCUUACAUUUGCAAUUGUUAUAAUUAUUAUUGCCUGAAAAGUGGGUUACUCUAAUAAAUGGAAGAUAUAUGUGAUUGUUUUUGGUUUUGCUUACGUGGCAAAUAAAGUAAGUGGAGGAUAUACAUAUCCCCAUAGUGACAUCGAUCAUUAAUAAUAUUUUGCUGGAGAUAUGGGAAAAUUACUAUUGGUCAACUUCUUAACUGCUCUUCUACUUAUUUCGAAAGCUAUUUAACUCUUCGUUAAGAAGAUACAUCAUAAUAUCAUAUACAAGUUCAUGUUCUUAACAUUUUUGAAAAUAGCUCUAUAUAUUUUGUGAUCCUCACUGAUGAUUCAUCUAUUUUGAUGAGAUCUCAGCUUUGGCUAGGUCUGAUUCAGCUAGUAUAUCUGGAUUUCUGCGCAACAGUAAUAGAGGAACACCAUCAUUAUGCUUUCUUUGUUUGAUGUACGGAAACGAGUGUUUCGGACAAGCCCAACUAUCAUAUGCCAACUAACUUUCGCCAGUCAAUCACCUACAAUGUAGGACCACAAACAUCGGUCAAAGUUGCCAUACCUCAUUAGCACAACAAGAUGAACACCGAUUUUUAGGAGCAGUUACUUCAGUGGUAAUAAUAUACAAAAAGACAUUCCAUUUAAGGAUAUGGUCCAAGGGGAAAUAACGUAUAUAUACACCUACGCCAUUGCGAUAGAUUCUAAGCCAUGUCACCCAGAGUGCGCAACCAUUGGUUACGUUAGUCACGCGGAUCCCAACUAAGUAAUCUGCAUAUACUAUCGUGGCUCAGACCAGAAGUUAGUGAUUUUGUGGACUGAUGCCACGUUUUGGUUUGGCCGCCCCUUUGUUCCAUCCGUCUCCGACACUAGUCACGACUGUGUGCCGUGGUAAUCGGUGGUUGGACGUGCGUAAUACGUGGCCCAACCAUCUCAGCCGAUUUAGAUUCACAACCUCAUCAACUGAUUUACCGUCAGUCCUUAAUACACUAUUAUAUCUUUAAGGCAGCUAGUUUCCCCGAGUCUUUAUGUCGUUCCAGAUAUACUAUAUUGAUGUUCGCCAACAAAUACACAAAAGGGAUUUACACUUUCCAUCAAUAUUUUAUACCCCAGUGAUAUUCAGUCUUACCUUAUUUAUAUCAUUUCACUUGUGAGCUGCAUUACGUUCAUUGGAUGGUAAAGUUAGCUAACAUACCAAUUAAACUAUACCUUGUUUAGUUACCUCGGUUCACCACCAUGAAGAACCUGGGAUCAGUGGAUGGCCGUUUUGUCCUAGUAUGGGACUACUCAGCAGUGUGCAUCCAUGAUCCCGCGAGAUUCGGACCCAGGACCUAUCAGUCUCGCGCGCGAGCGCUUAACCACUAGACCACUGAGCCGGCAUCCAACAGUGUUAAUGUCUAACUUCAACUAAUCCACGAAAUUGCUCCACCGUACACCAUUGUCUUCAGUGAGCUGAUAUCUCACAACAGAUCUGGUUGAACUCCACUGGUGACGGCUUCUCACUAGAACUCCAAGAAAUACCUCUAUUGAAAUUACUAAAAUUUCCACAAAACCCCUUCUGAUAAUUUUAGAUUAGUUAAAAAUAUUUUUUCUUAAAAGUAGCGAUGUAUUCUUGGUAAAUAAUAAUUCACAAGUCAGGCGUUGUCUUCUAUUAUUUCUAUUUUUCAAUAAGACU